AGACAUAAACCCACUGAACCAGUUACUUUUUUUAUUUUUUAUUAGGGCCCGAGCACUGAUGGUAAUUGCUCGGCCAAUUAUUCUUCUUCUCCGAAAUGAAUCGCAUCAGAAGUGGUGAAAAUUUACGUCUCAUAUGGGUUUCAGAAUUAGGUGUGGCAAAAUGGCUCAAUAGCACCACCUACAAAAUUUCAAUUGAGCGCCCUUCACGCUACGUUUCACAUACAAGUAUGAAAUUCUGUAGACACAUCUAACAGUCCAAUACCUACAAAAAAAAGUCCCUGGGUGCAAAAUCUGAAAACCCAACAGGAAGUGAGAUAUUUUGAAUUUUCUCAGCAAAAAUUUUGUAGUUUUUGCCAUUUCCAGACGUUGUUCUUUAACGAACUCCUCCUAGAGAUUUUAUCAGAUAAACAUCAUAUUUGGUCAGUCUAAUCUAAAGGCCCUUGCGACUUUACAUUGCGAAGAUAUAGAGUUUUUGCUAAAGGGCGUGUCUGUGGCGGCCUAACAAAGUUUUGAUGUUUCGUCAUGAAAAGGGAAGUUGUUGUAACUCAGGCAUACAGUGUCUGAUCUGCCCCAAACUUCACAUGUGUAAUAAGAGUCCUGGCCUGAAGACAUCUAUAUGCCAAUAUUCAGUUAGUCAUAGUGCCACCUGCUGGCAACAGGAAAUGGCAUGCGUUGCACUGUAAUUCACUCCCAGAAACACAUUUAUUUAUGCCAUGAAGUUCCAAACAUACUAGAAAUACGUUCAAUCAUGCAACACUUGGCUAAGUGCUAAAGUAUGCGAUUAACGCCACGAAACAGGAAGUUGUUGUAACUCAGGCAUACAAUGUCCGAUCUGCUCCAAACUUCACGUUUGAUAAUAGUCCUGGCCUGAAGACAUCAACAAGGCAAUAUUCAGUUAUAGUCAAAAUGCCACCUGUUGGCAGCAGGAAGUGUGGCACGUCAAAAUUAUUUUUCCUGUAUUUACUCGCUUACAUGCAUGUCAACCACUAUUCACUGUUUUCCUAAGGCCACCGGGUGGCGGUGGCUCCGGGUGCGAGGUCCCUUUCAUCGCUGCUUGCAGCUUUAAUUAUUAUUGUUUUUGUUUUACAGCAUUGAAUGUAAGUUUCUGUCACACAGGAUCAGCUGUUGUGGCUUUCAUGAGCUACAACACAAUGGAAAAUCUACUGAAGCCCGACUUCUUCAACACAUCAGGUGAUCAGGUUAAAACCAUGAUGUCCACUGUGAUCUCAGUUACUCUUCCCAAAACCACCAACACUAAACUCACCAAACCAGUCAACUUCACCCUCAAACACAUCAGAGAGUUUGACCCCAGCGGUUCUCUGUCCUGUGUGUACUGGAAUAUCAGCGAGUGGAUUGUAGAUGGUUGUUCUGUUUUAAAGACCAACAGCAGCUACACUGUGUGUUCCUGUGUCCAUCUGUCGACAUUCGCUCUCAUCAUGCAAACCAGCAGACCACCAGAGAAUGACCCACUGCUGGAUUUGUUGAAUUUGGUGUGUGUGAUCGUGGGGCUGGUGUUCUUCAGUUUGGCCCUGUUGACCUUUGCCCUUUGUCAGUGGAGUCCUGGAGUGAAUAAUGUGGCUCGAAUCAACAUCUGCAUCAGUCUUCUGCUGGCUCACCUUCUGUUCCUGCUCACACAACAGUUCCUGAGCUUCAUACGCCCUCAUCAGGUGUUGUGUGCUGUGAUAUCAGGUGUGCUGCACUUCCUCUUUCUCUCCGGCUUUAUGUGGAUGUUCAUUGAAGCUGUGCUGCUCUUCAUCUGUGUGAAGAACCUAUCACAGAUCAGCUCCAUAAAUAGGGAGGUGCUUAGCAGUGGAUUCCUGUGUGUGAUUGGAUAUAUGGUUGCUCUGGUUGUAGUGGCCGUGUCUGCUGUGGUGGGUCCUAAGGGCUACGGAAGUGAAAUGUGCUGGAUUAAAAUUGAUAAAGGCUUCAUCUGGAGUUUUCUGGGACCUGUUUGCAUGAUACUAACAUCAAACACGAUUCUCUUCAUCAAAAUCGUCAUCAUUCUGAACUCAACUCUCAGAAAUCUCAAUGCUGAAGUUUCACAGAUGAAACAAACCAAGAUUAUGGUAUUUAAAACUCUGGCUCAGUUUGUGGUUCUUGGUUGCUCCUGGAUUCUGGGUUUCUUCACUAAUGGCAGGAAGGAGCUGGAGAUCAUCUUUCUGAUCUUGAACUCCCAGCAGGGAACCUUCAUCUUCCUGAUCUAUUGUGUCCUCAAUAAGGAGAUCAGACAGCAGUACAGGAAGUUCUUCAGAUGUCUUUGCUGUGGACUCAAAAAAACACUGAGGAUUAAAGCAUCAUGAUCGGAAAAUAAAAUGUACUGCUGAAGUGAUUUUAUAUGACAGAAUCAAUGUUUUUGGAUGUUAUUUGUCAUAGUCACCGCUUAUUUCUGCAAAUGAUAGAAAACAUGCUACACAAGUGUCUUAUUUUAUAGCUGUUAAUACUAUUGAUGUGAAGCUCAUAAACUGUUUUAUUCAGUCUUUUUCAAACACACAGGAUUUUCUCAGUGGAGGGUGAACAGCAUACUUUUACAGAUUCCUCAAAAUAAUCAAACUUAAACAUUUUACAAGUAAACUGUCACACACUCACACCACCAAAGACUCUGUUUGUUUUCGUUCACUGUUUCUCCUUGCCUUGUUUAUCAUCAUGGUCACUGAUUUGAUUUCAUGUCAUUGUGUUCAGGUGUGCUAGUGUCAUUAUCCCCCCCUGUUCAGCUCAGUUUGUUUGUCUUUGUCGGAUUUCGUCAGUGCAUGUUGUGUCGAAACUGCCUAUUGGUGUUGGAUCUUACCUUGUGGAUUA